UUUCGCCUGGCUCCCUCUUCGCCUCCCUUCAACCCACGCUAGGAAUCUAGGAUGGAGUGCUGACACAACGAAAAUCGACUACCACAUCAAAUAAUACCGGCAAAAUGUCACAAUAUAUAUCGCUGUUCAGAGUUCGCUCAUCGCCGAACCUGGUUCUGGCUCUGGUAGCCAGCUUCGUGUGGUUGAUUCCAGAGGCUCUGGCCGACAGCAGUCUCGGUACCGAUGCCCCAGGUACGCCGUCAUCCAGUAACGGAGCUUCUUCAGCCGACAACACGGCAGGCGCGUCUGGAGAUAAUGGUGGACUAUCUAAAUCAGCUCAGAUAGUCAUCGGUGUGGUCGUCGGGGUGGUAUCCAUGGGAGCGAUUGCCGGUGCUGUAUACUUCUUCUUCUGGAAGAAACGAAAGUGGGAUGAGAAAGCUGAGCGCUAUGAAGUCAUCAGCGCAUAUCGUAAAUCGAUGGGCGAACGACGGCAGCAUGAGAUGUCUCUUCGAACACAACGUCGUCGACGGGAACGACGGCCGGAUAUAGAGCAAGGGGAGCUGGAAAUCUCUGUUCCACAAUUGCCCAAAUACGACCCAUCGAUCUUCCAUAAGCAACAAUACAGCAUCGAUUCUACCCGUGGAGGACUGUCGAUUGAUCUGGGGCGGAAUUCAUACAUGGGUCAUCAACGAAACUCGUCGCAAUUCUCGGGCAUCAUGCACCCUCCACCAUCUGCGGCAGCACCGGGACGAGCAACUGCAUCAAUGGAUCUGGACCGUGGCGCUUCGCCGACAUAUGAAGGAACCAGUCACUCCAAUCCCAGCUCGCCAACCCCAAUGAUCCAGCCUGCAACAGGAAGCAGAGGAACAUUCAAGACACCGAAAAGGCCAAAACCCGUACUGAGCCGCCUGAUCACUAACCUAUGAAUGCGGAUCAGCCAUCUUCCUAUAAACCUCGUAUAAAUUCCCAGACAGUAUGGGAAUUCACUUAACCCGUGGCUUCUCCCAC